UUUUACAAUUUAUUCACUGUUUUGAUUACUGAUAUACUAAUAAUUAAAACCGUAAAGAAUAUAUUUUUACGAUGUUUUUUAAUCUUGAUUUUAAAGUUACGCAUAAAGUAUAAAUAAUUUGUUUACAAAGUCGCCACGUACAUGAUUUAAAUUAGUUUUCAGAUAUUUUUAGCCAGUGAUUUAUAUAAAUAGAAAAUUCAAAUUAUAAGAGAAUAAUGUACAGUACAUAUAAUCAAAUACGUUGCUCAGGAGAAUGGGGAAGUGGUUCUGGAAAGGGUGGUGGUGCUGGUGGUUCUGUGAGAGAUGCUGGAGGUAGUUUUGGUAAAAUGGAAGCAGCAAGAGAAGAAGAAUAUUUUAGAAAAAAGCAAAAAGAGCAACUUCAAAAGUUAAAAGAGCAUUUGGAUGACGAAAUACAUCAUCACGAAAAUCUUAUCGAUCACCUCGAAGAUGAAAUUAAACGCCAUAAAGAACGGAUUUCAUCUCUAAAGAAACAACAAGAUGACUCCUCAAAGCAUUAGAGUAUUACAUUGUUUUCUACUUAGGUUAAAAGAUUUAAUUGUAGAAAUAUGACAAUUUUUGUUGUGAAUUUCCAUUUUUUCUAUUGUUUGAAACAAUAGAAUUUAUGUAAAAAAAUAAAUAUAAUUUCAUAUUUGAAGAAAAAGGAUGCACAUAGAAUGCUGAGUAGCUAAAUAUGGAUGUAGUUAUUUCAAAUGUAAUUUUAUACUGAUAGUUUGAAUACAAAAUACAUAACAGGAAA